UAAAUUUAACGUACAGGACAUUACCGCAGACUCUGUUGUAGCAGCUCGCGCUUUGUUAGCCUCAAAAGAAUUCAAAUUCUCCGAAAUCGGAAUCUCUGCUUCCCAUGGCGGUUCUGUUUGUGACUCUGGUGGCGCUGUUCAUCUCGUGUCAGGCGAAAUAUCUGCACGAACCACUCAAGGUAGAAGAGAUUGAUUACAUUAACACGUACGCAACUUGGAGAGCAGAUCCAGAUUACGCUGGUUACGAUGCUGAGUAUUUCAAGCGUUUAUGCGGCGUCCCGCUAGAUGAUCAGAUCAAACCGAGGCCAUUAAAGCUGGGGAUUUUGGCAGUGAAGACAGAUUAUGAAAUCAUUGAGCAAGAGAUACCACCCACAUUUGACUCCAGGGAACAAUGGUCUGAUUGCCCCUCAACAAAUGAAAUCCGUGACCAAGGUGCCUGUGGAAGUUGCUGGGCAUUUGGAGCUGUGGAGGCUAUGACAGACAGAAUCUGUAUUAAGUCAAAUGGAAAACUGACACCUCACAUUUCUGCUGAAGAUUUACUUUCCUGCUGUUCAUCUUGUGGAAUGGGAUGCAAUGGAGGAUUCCCUGAAGCCGCUUGGGAGUACUGGAAAAGUAGAGGUUUAGUCACAGGAGGACAGUACGACUCCCAUAAAGGAUGUCAGCCAUACUUGGUGAAAGCUUGUGAUCACCAUGUUGUGGGAAAACUGCAACCUUGCAGCAAAACAAUUGUUCCUACACCUAGAUGUGAAAAGAAGUGUGAACCAGGUUAUAAUGUUAGUUAUGAAGAUGACAAGAGGUAUGGAGAGAGUUCUUACACUGUGAGCAGUGAAAUGGAACAGAUUCAAAAGGAAAUCAUGACAAAUGGUCCUGUAGAGGGAGCCUUCACUGUUUAUUCUGAUUUCCCUUCUUACAAGAGUGGUGAGCACUUUCAGCUAUGUUGAGACAAUGCAUUUCUU